UUGAUCCUCAAGGCUGCUUGUCAAGCCUCCACCUAUGAAAGUUUUUGAUCUGGUCUGGGCUCAAAGAGAGGUGAAAAGGAGCCCAAUGACUUUAAUUGAUGAGUCGGCCCAGUUUGAAAUGGUGUUCAAACUUCAAAUUUUGUUGUUAUUAGUAACAGGCAGUCAUUGUAAUUACUUUUAGUUCAUACUUUGUACCAUGUGUCGAAUUUAACUAUAAAGCUUCUGCCUCCAUUUCAUCUAUUACGCCCAUGUUCGAACCUCAAGCUUUGCACCUCUAUUAUUUUUAGAAUUGAUGUUUAAGAUUUGCCACUGCUUAUCUUAUUAUCUCAAUUAGUUCGAUCCUGUGAUCUCAACUAAU